AUGCUGAAAGUCGACCCGUAUCCUCAGCCAAUGGACAUUGAAGAAAACAACGCAGAAAGUAACACCGAAAGUAACGCCGACAGCAGCCGCGACAACAGCCCCGACAACAGCCCGAAGUAUCCCCAGCCUCUGAUUAUUGAAGAAAACGACCCCGAAAGCAACUCAAAUACUGCCUCGAGCAGCAGCACGCUGAACGUCGACCCGUAUCCUCAGCCACUGGGCAUUGACGAAAUCAUCCCCGACAGUAGUGACCCCGAAAGCGACCCCGAACGCAGCGUGCUGAACAUCGACCCGACUCCCCAGCCACUGAUCAUUGACGAAAUCAUCCCCCACAGCACCCGCAAACGCGGCUCAAAGCAUAUCUUUUUGUGCGUCACGGGACAGCUGCAGCGAUUGAUUCUCGCCAGAAAGAUGCAGACCUUGAUGGAUCCCUUGUCCAAGGAUGGCUACACAAUUCACGUGGCUUUGCUGUUGACAGAUGACAAAAAUCAGACGUUCUUCACAAACAACGAGACCAUCACAACAACGUCGGAAUUGCCAUCGUUCGCCAAAGCUGUGGAAAAAUUGGAAUCCCGAGGCUACCAUGUGCUCACACGAAAUGCAACUACUCAGAAUCCAGACCCUGCCGUGUCUUUCCUCUACAUGGGACUCUUGGAUAAGAAAAAUCUCGGAAAAGCAUUUCAAAUGGUACGAACGAAAAAUCACGCGCGGCAGUUUGAAACCCUCAACGAAUGCUACGAUGUCAUGAAGCGUGCCGAAAAGGAGUACCAUAUGACUUACCAACUCGUCAUGAGGAUUCGAGACGACGCUGCAUUCUUGGAGCCGUGGGAUUUGAGCCAAAUCAUGCCAGUUACAAAGAAAACCAUCAUGAGCAGCGACUGCCGGUGUUGGGCUGGGAUGAACGAUCGAUUUGCUGUCGUUUCUCGUGAUGCAGCCAAACCUUAUUUCAGCCUCCCUUUCCGUCGUUACGAAGCGAUUUCGAAACCUGGCAACUGCACGAAAUCUACUCCAGAGUAUUGUUUGCAGGGUGUACUCAACCCUGAGACUUUUCUCAUGCAGACCUAUGAGAAUCACGGCCUCAGUGUCAACAGGACACGACGACUUCGCCAUAUUUUGAAAUACGUUAUCAACAACACAAAGACCGAGCUCCCUGAAAAGGAGAUCCGAAUCAAAUGCCCUGGUGCGAAAGGAGGAUAUGAAUACGCGUUUGCAGAAAGUACAAAAUAUCCCGGCAAAUUGAAGAUCGUGUCCGUUAGAGUUCCUCCCGAGCCAACAAAGGCACCAAGGAGACGCCCAAGGACUGUAAUCAAGAAUCAACGGACGACAGACACAAAGGCGGCGCGUGAAGUUGUUGGCGUUUACAGAGGACGCAGGCAGGAGGGAAUGAACGAAAACAAAAAGUCUGAAAAAAAUAAGGAUAAAAACGUGGAGGUGGAUAGAACAAGACGGGAUGUCUUUGAGGAGGCAAUGUUGAGACACAAACGAAAGUUCGAGGAAGCAAAGUUGAAAAAACCGGGCCGACAAUGA